AUGAACGACAUUGUCCUCAACCCGUUGCUCACUUUCCUCAAAAACUAUCGCGAUCAUCCGAUGAUCAAUCGCCUGAUCGAGGGCAAUUUUACAAAAGCCCAAAUCGAAGAAGCAACCCGGAUUGUUGAGAGGAGCCUCGGCCUUGCCAACGUCUCAAUCAAGCUUGCCGACCUGUUCAAGCUGGCCGACGAUCGGGCCGUGCUGCCCCGUUUUGCUGUCUCCGAUUUCAAGGGGUUGCCGAUGAUUUUGAGCGAAUGCCGCUUAAGCCAAGCCGAAGAGCAAGAAGAAGCGAGCAGCUACCAGCCGGAGCCGAUGAAUCUCUCCACCUCCAUGACGCUCGAAAUGUCCUCCGCCUCCAGUCCCGAAAUCCCGACGUCAGCGACGUGUUCGUCGGCCGGCAGUGACUCGGCUUCAUCCUCAUCCAAACAGUCCCCGAUCCCUGGCUGCGAGAUGAUGUCCGUUAUCGAAAACCCUGCUCGUGCUCCAAAGCGAAAAGCCGUCGGCAAAAGCCUCGAAAAUGCGCUCAAGAAGCUGAGCGACAAGCGCGUGAAGCCGGACGAGCCUAAACCCAUCCUUUCUGUGCCGCCACCAACCCUCCUGACGGCACUUCAGAAUACCCAAAUUCCAAUGUUGCCCCACAACCUGUUUCCCGAUCUGAAUCGAGCAAUGAUUGGCGGAAUUUUCGAUCGAAACCGAUACCUGCAAGCCGCCGCCAUGCUCAACUACAUCCAGCAGCAACAGCGGAACGUUCAGCAGGCGAUGGCCCAGCGUCAGCAACAGGUUCAGCAGGUUCAGCUACAGCAGCAGCAACAGCAACAGGAGCUGAUCAAGGAGCAGCAGCCGGAGAUGAUUACAAAAGAAGAACUCGACGAAAAAACUGACGAUGAUCUAGAAAAGGAGAGCGACAGCCCCUCCCCGUCCGAAGAGAUGAAAGACGAGCAGGACGCUGAGAAUCUGGCAGACAAACCCUACGUGUGUGGUCAAUCGAACUGCGCGAAACGUUUUGCCAACAAGUUCCUGCUCAAAAAGCACAUGUUCAUCCAUACCGGACUUCGCCCACACGCUUGCCCGUACUGUACGAAACGCUUCAACCGCAAAGACAACCUCCUCCGCCACAAGAAAACCCACAUCCAGCACGGCGUCCCCCCUCUCGCCGUCUUCCCACCGCCGUUUUCGCUUCUGGUGCAUGGCGGAGAUGCUUCAGAUGAUGUCAGCGAU